CUUAAAAAAGGAAAAAAAUUUAAGACUUGUCCGUAUAAGAAUGAAAAUAGAUUUAUUUUAGGUUGGAUAAACAAGUUCAAGGGACUGGCAUAACCACUACUGCGUCCGCACAACUGCGGAAAUGUCAUGUGCAAUUCUCAAAUUCAAAACCAUGCCAAAACGUAGGAUAAUAUGCAAAAUAAUUACGUUGAAUGGUAUUGUCACAUUAGACUUUAGCUAUAAAUAAGACAAAGGUCAGAAUGUUAUUAGAUAACAUAUGGUGUGACGUUUUAAAACAUAAGAGGUUAGUGCAGCUAAUCUCAACUAAUCAAGUGAUAAAGAAAAUCCAUAAAGAGGUCACAAUCAUUCCAUGUUAUUCGCCGCGACAGAACGUACGCAGCAAUGGGACUACUUGUAGGUUCUAUAGAUGAGGGCACCUCAAGUGCAAGGUUUUCAAUUUUCAAAGUUGGAACUUCAGAAAUAGUGGCUUCACAUCAAAUGGAAAUUAAAAGAAUACAUCCUAAUGAUGGCUGGACUGAACAAGAUCCUUUUGAAUUAUUAAAUUCAGUGAAAAAGUGUAUUAAAAUUGCCACAGAAAAAUUAGUUGAUUCAGGUGGAAAUGUGAAAGACAUAGUUGCAAUUGGAGUAACAAAUCAAAGAGAAUCUACAAUAGUAUGGGAUAAAUACACUGGAAUGCCUUUGUAUAAUUCUAUAGUAUGGCUAGAUGUAAGGACAGCACCUCUGUUAGAUUCAUUACUUGAAAAAACACCUGAUUCAAACAUGGACAAAAAUUACUUGAGACAUAUUUGUGGCCUUCCAAUGUCCCCUUAUUUUAGUGCUAUUAAGUUAAAAUGGUUAAAAGACAACAUUCCUGCAGUGCAAGAAGCAAUAGAAAAUGAUAGAUGCUUUUUUGGAACUGUUGAUUCUUGGUUAAUAUGGAAUCUAACUGGAGGUGUUAAUGGAGGGGUUCACAUCACUGAUGUCUCAAAUGCAUCACGAACCAUGUUAAUGAAUAUUGCAACAUUUAAAUGGGACAAGGAAUUGCUUACAUAUUUUGAUUUGCCUGACUCUAUUUUACCUGAAAUAAGAUCUAGUUCAGAAAUUUAUGGUUAUUUUUCUGAAGGACCUUUAGAAGGAAUUCCUCUUGCUGGGUGUCUAGGAGACCAACAGUCGGCCCUUGUGGGUCAACAGUGUUUAAAAAGUGGCCAGGCAAAGGCAACUUACGGUACAGGUUGUUUCCUCUUGUACAAUACCGGAACCACAAUGGUAGAUAGUCGACAUGGUUUGUUGACGACCGUGGCGUAUCAGAUGGGACCAAACGAGCCUCCCGUAUAUGCUUUGGAAGGCUCCGUGGCAGUUGCAGGGGCUGCCCUUUCUUGGUUAAGGGACAAUCUUACAGUUUUAUCUGAUUUUGAUCAGGCCCAAAAACUAGCCGAGGAAGCUGAAAGCGAAAAUGGAGGAGAAGUUUAUUUUGUACCAGCCUUCAGUGGGUUAUAUGCUCCUUACUGGCAACCAGAUGCAAGAGGAAUAAUAUGUGGAAUAACUCUUGAUACAAAAAAAGGACACAUAAUAAGGGCAGCUCUUGAAGCAGUCUGUUUUCAAACUCGAGAUAUUUUACAAGCUAUGAACAGAGAUUAUGGAAAAGAAACUCUCAGUGUUUUGCAGGUGGACGGAGGAAUGACAGCAAAUACAUUGUUAAUGCAAUUACAAGCUGACCUGGCGGGGGUAACAGUGGUCCGUCCAAAUAUGGCCGAAUGUACUUCUCUGGGUGCUGCGAUGGUUGCAGCAGCCGCGGUGGGACAUUGGGAUCUCAAGGGUCCACCCAUUGAUAUCCCUUCCAGAGUUUGGACCCCAAAAAUCACAGAUGAACAGAGGGUAUUCAAGUCUUCCAAGUGGAAAAUGGCAGUUGAGAGAUCUUUAGGAUGGACUCUUUGAAAAUAAAGUGUAGUUUAAUUUUUACUUUAAUUUUGAAUUGUUUAGGAUAUUUAAAAAUGAUAAAUCAUACAAUUUUCUUUUCAAAAAAUAUUACUUAAAACUGAAGUGAUUUUAAUAACGAAGUACUGGUGAGUACUGUUAUUACAAAAAAAUUAUGAAGGUAGAUGAACAUGAAAGGCGUGUUGAAGAAAGUCAACAAAUUUAAAUUUAUGACAGCUACAUGGUCAUUGUAUUCCAAAGUUAAUUUUGUGUGAUAUUUGUCCUAUUUACUUCUAAUUAUUUUAAGUAGUGGAUAAUUAUUCAUCUAAUUAGAAUGUUAGUUUAUGAAAAUUUAAAGCGAACAUUUCAUCUUACUUAUAAUAAAAAAGGAAUUGUUUUCCUUAUAUAACAGCAGCUUGAAAAUAGAAGAAAACCUUAUUAUUCUA